CAGAAGUCGAGUUUGCUGAGGUUCCUGUUUGUGAACAGCCAGCAGAACCUGGUAUGUGCCUCGCUUACAUGCCUCGUUUCUACUACGAUAAGACUGAAGGAAAAUGCAAGAAGUUCAUUUAUGGAGGAUGCGGAGGCAACGACAACAAUUUCCGUACUCUAGAGGAAUGCGAACAACAAUGCGGAGCCCAAUACUACGAAUCCACGUGCCAACAGAAACCCGAAACCGGGCCCUGCCGCGGAUACUUCCCACGUUAUUAUUACGACGAAGAGAAAGGAGAAUGCAAAAAAUUCGUCUACGGUGGAUGCAAAGGCAACGACAACAACUUCCAAACGGUAGAAGACUGCGAAACCACCUGCAAAACCCAAGGGAGUCAACCCAGGAGAGUCUGUUUUCAGGAGAAAGUAGUUGCUUCACCACUAGGAAAUCGAUGCAGUUUGAAUUUAGGAGCUGUAUUCGAGCAAUUAACGGCCGAACAACCCGGCAUGAUUUAUUUUUAUGCGGUAGCUUUAGAUGUAUCGGCAGAUCUAAAGACUAAAAUAAUGAUUUCUAACCUCAGUAUAGCGAAUAACUUUUUUUCCAACAGAUGUUUUCUUAAACAUCCUUUCCACGUUUAUCUAAAAAACGAUAACAGAAAUCAUAUCUUUAAUAAGGUAUUGUGUAUAAAAGCCGACUCGACGAUCCACUCUUUCACUUACUUCUCGAGUAGAUCAAACAUGAAGGUGUUGCUAAUUCUGUGUACCGUCGCUCUCGCAUACGCUUCCAAACCAUCCUGUCGACUAGAACCCGAAACGGGUUUGUGUCGCGCCCGCUUUCCUCGUUUCUACUACGAUCCCGAAGAUGACACCUGCAAGAAAUUCGUCUACGGAGGAUGCGGAGGAAACGAUAACAACUACGAAACCGAAGAGGAAUGUUUAGCGGAUUGCAGAGAAACCGAAUAUUCUGUGGAUUCCGUUGCUUAUUGCCACCUGAAGCCGGAACGAGGAAUGUGCUUGGCUUACAUGCCGCGUUAUUAUUACAAUGCCAAAACGCGUAAAUGUGAGAAAUUCAUCUAUGGAGGAUGCGGUGGCAACGCCAAUAACUUCGAGAGUCGAGAGGCAUGCGAAGACAAAUGCAUCCAGCCAGAAGUCGAGUUUGCUGAGGUUCCUGUUUGUGAACAGCCAGCAGAACCUGGUAUGUGCCUCGCUUACAUGCCUCGUUUCUACUACGAUAAGACUGAAGGAAAAUGCAAGAAGUUCAUUUAUGGAGGAUGCGGAGGCAACGACAACAAUUUCCGUACUCUAGAGGAAUGCGAACAACAAUGCGGAGCCCAAUACUACGAAUCCACGUGCCAACAGAAACCCGAAACCGGGCCCUGCCGCGGAUACUUCCCACGUUAUUAUUACGACGAAGAGAAAGGAGAAUGCAAAAAAUUCGUCUACGGUGGAUGCAAAGGCAACGACAACAACUUCCAAACGGUAGAAGACUGCGAAACCACCUGCAAAACCCAAGGGAGUCAACCCAGGAGAGUCUGUUUUCAGGAGAAAGUAGUUGGUCCUUGCAGAGCAGCUUUUCCUAGAUUCUACUACAAUCAGAAAUCUGGUCGAUGCGAAUCUUUCAUCUACGGUGGGUGCCAAGGAAACGAGAACAAUUUCGAAACUUUAGACGAAUGUCAAGACACCUGCGAAGUGUCCUCGGCUGAAGUAGAUUGCUCAUCUGAACCCGUGACGGGUCCAUGUCUCGCUUACUUCCGUCGUUAUUACUACGACCAAAACACCCAAACUUGCAAAGAGUUCGUCUACGGUGGUUGCCAAGGGAAUGGAAACAACUACAAAACCGAAAAGGAAUGUCUCCAAACCUGUGCCUCCGUGGAAUUGUGCGCAAAGAAUUUUUAUCUUCAAGACAGACAGUUACUCAGGCUUUCUAAGAAGAUGGCUUCGAAAAGGGUCAAGCAAAUCCGCAGAGAUAUUGCGAAAGAUUGGCCGAAAUUCGUAUCUAAGAAGAUUAAUUCAAUUCCUUCCUAUAAAAGUGGAUUCCGUAUUCGUUAUCUCACAUUACUUCAAGUAUCAAACAUGAAGGUGUUGCUAAUCCUGUGUACCGUCGCUCUUGCAUACGCUUCCAAACCAUCCUGUCGACUAGAACCCGAAACGGGUUUGUGUCGCGCCUACUUUCCUCGUUUCUACUACGAUCCCGAAGACGACACCUGCAAGAAAUUCGUCUACGGAGGAUGCGGAGGAAACGAUAACAACUACGAAACCGAAGAGGAAUGUUUAGCGGAUUGCAGAGAAACAGAAUAUUCUGUGGAUUCCGUUGCUUAUUGCCACCUGAAGCCGGAACGAGGAAUGUGCUUGGCUUACAUGCCACGUUAUUAUUACAAUGCCAAAACGCGUAAAUGUGAGAAAUUCAUCUAUGGUGGAUGCGGUGGCAACGCUAACAACUUCGAGAGUCGAGAGGCAUGCGAAGACAAAUGCGUCCAACCAGAAGUCGAGUUUGCUGAUGUUCCCGUUUGCGAGCAACCAGUCGAACCUGGUAAAUGCCUGGCUUUCAUGCCUCGUUUCUACUACGAUAAGACUGAAGGAAGAUGCAGGAAAUUCAUUUAUGGUGGAUGCGGAGGAAACGAUAACAACUUCCUCUUUUUUGAGGAAUGCGAGAAACAAUGCGGAGAAACCCAAGGGAGUCAACCCAGGAGAGUCUGUUUUCAGGAGAAAGUAGUUGGUCCUUGCAGAGCAGCUUUUCCUAGAUUCUACUACAAUCAGAAAUCUGGUCGAUGCGAAUCUUUCAUCUACGGUGGGUGCCAAGGAAACGAGAACAAUUUCGAAACUUUAGACGAAUGCCGAGACACCUGCCAAGUUUCUUCUGCUGCAGUAGAUUGCUCAUCCGAACCCGAAACGGGUUUAUGCGAUGCGUUAUUCCGUCGUUACUAUUACGAUGAUGAAAGUGAAACCUGCAAAGAGUUCGUGUACGGAGGAUGCGGUGGCAACGGCAACAACUACAGAACCAAAGAGGAGUGCCUCAAAACCUGCGCCAAAUUCUGAAGAUAUUAAAAAUGAUCCGAUCUUUCGUGUAAUUUUACUUACUAUAUUAAACUUUAAAUAUAUAAUUCGAAA